UUUCAGAAUCUCUCUCUCUCUCUCUCUCUGAUCUCUUAUCUAGACACACUAUACUAGACAGUGUUGCACUGUCAGUCUCAUGUGCACAAUCCUCAGCAGAACCUUCAUCAACCACUAAUCCCAUUUCUCCAAUCCUCUCUCUCUUACUUCAAUUAUUCAUUGCAGCUGCUAAUCUCACUCUCCUCCACACGCAGAAUGCACAUUGCUCAUAAUCGAAGUACAUCUUCCAGUUAACUGAGUUUUCAGUUCCUUUAGAGAUGAGGAGAGAAAAAACCUGUUGCAUGCAGAAAAAUGCAUUGUUGAGAUAUUCCUAAUGGUCCCUUUACUUGGUUUUUAACCAGCUUCAGUGAAGUACUAAGAAUGAUAAGCUUAAAGAACAUGUCAUCAUCAUCCUGGCUGGUUUUGCAGUUAUGGGUUAUUUUGCUCUUCGGUUUGGGAGCUGUGCGUGGUGAUUCAGAGGUUGCUGUCAAGUUGCAAAAGACUCCUCAUGCAGUAUCUAAAAGGGAUUAUGCAACAUUUCGUUUUGAAGUCGUGGUGAAUGGAGAAAGUUGCAGAGAAUGUAUUACAAACUGCAAGCUGGAUGAUGGAUUAGCUACAGUCUGUGAGAAUAGAAGUGUAUCUUAUGCACAGCUGCAGGAUGGAAAUCACACUUUUGAGGUCUGCACCAAUGCGUCUCAAGGAGUUGGCUGCACUAGCUAUAAUUGGAGUGUUGACACUAUUCCUCCAACAGCCUUUGUAACAGCAUCAACAAACUUCACAAAUGCAUCAAAAGUUCUUGUAUAUGUAUCUUUCAGCGAACCCUGUUUUGACGGAGGUGGUUUCCAGUGUUCUUCUCCUGAUGCCUGCAAUCUUCUUGUUUAUGGUGCUGGCCAGGUUGUGCCAAACACGCUUAAUGUCAUUGAACCAAACCUCAAAUUUUCACUUACUGUGAGUUUGUCCACAAGUGUUCAAUAUGGAAGGGUGGUAGUGGUGAUGGACAAAAAUUUUUGUACAGACUCUGCAGGAAACAGUUUUACAAGGACAGGAAAUUCAAGUUUAUAUAUUCAUUUUGAUAGAAGAAGUGUAUUCGCCAACUUAAGGACUCAUAUACCUGCAAAGGUACUUCAGAUUAACAGGGAGGCUAGAACAGUGCUGGCAACAAAUAAGACCAAGAACCUAAAGUUGUAUUUGUACUUUACCGAACCUGUUCUCAACUCGUCAGCUGAAAUUAUGAAGACUGUAAAUACAAGUCUGGGUUCACUUCUUCCUAUUAGAGGCAAUGAUCUUGGGAAACGUAGAUUUGGCUUUCAGGUCAAAGAUAUACCUGACAUGGCUAUAAUCACAGUUAGCUUUGAUUCAAACCAAAUUCUUAGUAGACAGGGGACAUCUGUUUCUCCCAUGGCUCCAGUAACUUUCCUUUAUGACUCUCUGAGGCCUACUGUCAGGUUAAGUACAACUUCUCAUACGAGGACAAAAGAUGAGAGUAUUCCAGUACUCAUCAAGUUCAUGAAGCCUGUUUUUGGCUUUAAUUCUUCUCAUAUAUCCAUCUCUGGAGGACAUUUGGAGAGCUUUCAGAAAUUGAGCAGAAGUACAUAUACCAUGGAUGUACAAGCAGACGACGGUAGCAUAUCCAUCAGUAUUCCAGAAAAUAUAACUGAGGAUGUUGCUGGAAACAGAAACCUAGGUUCGAAUAUACUGCACGUGAGACAUUACUCUGUAUCUGUUGUUUCUCUGGUGCUUUCCUCCUUCAUAACAGCUGCAUUUGCAGUUACAUCUUUAGUAGCAGGCUUUCUGACUAUUUCAACUGCAAGCCUCCAAUCAGUUGGAGCUUUCAAAAGGCCAACUCCUCUUUUGACAUCUGAACCCACAAGAAGCCUUUUUAGAAUGGCAAGCCACAUUCAGGUCUAUGCACUGUCUAGGUGGUUAGCAGUUUCCUUGCCUGUCGAGUAUUCUGAAUUUGCAAGAGGUUUACAAUGGAGUAUUCCCUAUUUUAGACUCCCAUGGGAAACAUUGAAAUUUUCACCGAACAUGGGGGGUACAAAUUCCCCGACGAAUCCAUAUUCUUUUACUUCUAAACUUCACUAUCUGGGCAUUGCUAUGGAUUUGACAUCUGAAGAGCAAAAUUUUCUCAAAGCUCCAAAAGUGUAUGGGUUGCCACUCUCUCCUAUGGAAUACAGAACAUUCUUUGAGGGCCAAAGUAUGAUUCCUGAAGCAGAGCAUAUUGUGAAUCCUCAAACUGCACAUGGGUGGAGAGAUUUCAAAAGAAGCAUGUUCUGGUUAGCAGUAAUCUAUGGCAGUCUAAUGUUGUUGCAUACAUUACUCUUUUCAAUUCUAUGGUUAAGAAAGAAGAAUACCGAAAAAAAUAGAAGCUACGGGGCAUUGAUAUUCCCACGCUUUGAGAUCUUUCUUCUAAUUCUUGCACUGCCUUGUAUUUGUGAGGCUUCAGCAGCUUUGCUUAAAGGAGGAGCAUCUUCUGGGAUGGUUGUGGGCAUUUUGCUAUUAGCUGUAGUAUUUUUUCUGCUGCUGGCCUUGCUUUUGUUCCUAUCCGUGGGAAUUACACUUGGAAAGCUACUUCAAUACAAGGAGGUGCAUCAAGAGGGAGAGGCUAUUCACUGGUACCAAGAGAUUAUCCGAGUAACGCUAGGCCCUGGUAAAAGAGGCCAGUGGACUUGGAAGAACGAUUCAAAAUCUACAUGUCUAACAAUCUUAGGACCUCUGUUUGAGGAUCUACGAGGUCCCCCUAAGUACAUGCUAUCUCAGAUUACAGGUGGAAAUGUCCAAAAGCAACGCGACAGAAUUAUUGCCUCAGAUGAUGAGACAGAAGAUGCAGAAGCACCUUUUAUACAGAAAGUAUUUGGAAUUCUGCGUAUAUACUACACAUUGCUUGAAGUGGCCAAACGUGUUGUUCUGGGGAUUGUUGCUGGUGCAUAUUCAGAAAACUGGGCUUCAAGAACUCCCACGAUUACCUUACUUUGCAUAACCUCUUUUCAACUCUUUUUCAUGGUGCUUAAGAAACCUUUCAUCAAGAAAAAGGUCCAGUUGGUUGAGAUCAUCUCAGUUUCCUGUGAAUUUGGCAUUUUUGCUACCUGUUUGGUGCUCUUAUAUAAAGGAUUUUCAGCCAAGGAUGAGACAAAAAUUGGGAUCUUCAUGCUCUCACUCUUCUUGUUGGCAUUCUUAGCCCAACUGAUCAAUCAAAGUUACGCAUUAUAUAGGCAGGCAAAGAAACUUGACCCUGCUGGGAACUUCUUGACUGGCUUGAAAAUCGCUUUGAUUGGUUUUCUUCUGCUCUUCAUUCCUCAAAGAUGGAUAAAAAACCUGGAAAGUAAGUUCCCUUUGUAUAAUACUGCUGAAGGUGAAGGGACUACUACUUCUUCAGGUGACAGGAGAUCCAGUAGCAGAAGUUCCGAUGAAAGACCAUGGCUGAGGCAACUAAGAGAACUAGCUAGGUCCAGCUUUAGCAAAGAAAGGGCUGCAACUCCAACUGAUCCUUCUACAAGUCAAGGCAGAUGGAGUGGAUUUUGGAAUCUUAAGAGGAGUGGAAGCCCUUCAAUGACUUCAUCAUCAGAUUUUAAGGCAAAAUCAAGACUGUCAAAAGAUUUAGAAUCCAUCUUUUCAUCUAAAUGACCACACUAACACAAAUCUUGUCAUUAGCUUUCUUGACCAUUCCUGAUCUCUCGAAUGCUGAGGAUUAGCCUACCUUCUGAAUUUUUGAGAAUUUCCAGUGUUACUUAAUUUGGAAUUUCUUGAUGGUUUCAGAGCUUAUAUAGCUAGAAGAAUAUAUAAAUCUUCUGGCAGUGAGAUUAAUAAUGUAGAGGCCUAAGUUGUACAUCGCCAAACAGUGGCUGAAUGCAGAAGCUGUGUGGAGGUUCAUUGACAUGGGUUAAAGGACAUGAAGGAUUAUGCAUUACUUGCUUAGUGUAAUGAGAUAAUAGUGGUCCUGCAUACAGAUAUACAAUGUAAACCAUCCAUUUGUACUCAAUUCAAGAAAACAAAGCACUGGCUCUUCCAUUUGCAGAAAA